AUGGAGGCCAUAUGGUCAGGUGCAGGAGGUGGUCUGGGGGUACCGGGUACGUACGGAGACGUACCGCUAACGCCAACGACGCUCCGACGGAAUUAUUCCGCCUGGUUUCGCAGCCAGCCGCCCCGCUGGAGGGACGUGUCGCCGUCGGUUAGACGAAGGUUACCACAAAGACUGCUCUUAGCCCACAGGAACAGAGUCAUCAUUAAUGUCAGCGGCUUGCGUAUCGAAACUCAACUAGACACGCUCAACCGCUACCCGAACACUCUUCUGGGUAACAAGGAGAAGAGACAGAAGUAUUACGACCCGGUAAAGAGAGAAUAUUUCUUCGACCGCCAUCGCCCCAGCGCGGAGGCCAUCCUCUCCUUCUACCAGACCCACGGAACGCUGACGCGGCCGUUUGAAGUACCGCUAGACGUGUUCACGGACGAGCUGAAAUUCUUCGAGAUCGAUCCGGAAUCCAUCGCCGAAAUUCGCGCUCACGAGGGAUUCGUCAAGGGGAAAGUACGAAAGAUUCCGCAGAAUAAAACGCAGAAAAACAUCUGGGAGAUGACGGACGGUAGUCCUGAGGAGUUCUUCAAAGCUAAGGUAUUCUCGUACCUCUGUAUGUUCUUCACUCUUUUGUCAACAGGAGCCGUGUGUGCAGAAACUAACCCAUAUUUAUCUAACGUCCUUACUGCGGAACAGACGCGGUUCAAAAACCCCUUCUUUGUCAUAGAGGCUCUCUCUGCAGCCUUCUUUGCGAUAGAAGUCUCUCUGCGACUCUUCAGUAGUCCGGAUGUACUCCAUUAUGUCCGAACAAAACUCGGGAUCCUCGACUUGUUCUCCAUAGUACCGGUCGUGGUGAAUGCGAUCGUUCUGUCAAAGGUACAAGACGUGGCUACUGCCGCAAGAGUCUUACGGUACAUGAGAGUCAUUCGCUCCCUCCGAGUCUUCAAGCUGUCCCGGUAUUCCCGAGGACUUAGAAUCAUCGGCCAAGCUCUUGCCAACAGUUCCGGCGACAUAGCGAUGCUACUUUUCUUCAUGGCAAUCCUCAUAGUCUUGUUCGCUGCUGGGAUGUACUUUGUAGAAGUCAACGUACCCGGUACAGCGUACACUAGCAUCCCGGACGGAUUCUGGUGGGCUCUUGUUACGAUGGUCACGUUGGGAUACGGCGAUAUGUACCCUACCACUGGACUGGGCAAGUUCAUCGGUUCACUCUUAGCGCUAGCCGGCAUCCUCACCAUCUCCCUCCCCGUGCCCAUCAUCGUGACCAGGUUCGAUGCCAUCUACAACACGGAGGAGGAUCCGCCAGAGGAAGAGGAAGAAGACACGGGGGAGGAGUUGGAGGAGAUGGAAGAAGAAGAGUUGCGGAUGCCGGAAUCCAUGAAAUCAUCGGACAGGUUGAUUCCUGAGAUCAUCACCACUGACUGCGGUUAA